AUGCCUGAAGCAGAACAGAUGGAAGCAAAAUCGGAUCUGACGCUACAAGAAGAGCUUGGAUUGGCACCUAGAACGAUUGUUCUAGCCAAGGUUAAAGGCUACAGAGCUUGGCCCGCUAUGGUGCUUGAUGAAGAGAUCUUACCAGACAACAUCAAGAAACUCAAACCCAAGUCGGUGAAACAGCAGAAGAAGACGCUGCCGACAAUUCUCGUGCCUGUGAGAUUUUUCAGUGAUGACACUUACAUUUGGAUUAGAAACCAUGACCUAAAAGUGCUCCUGGAUAACGAUAUACAGCUGUUUUUGGAUAAACACUCCACGGCAGGGAAGAAGAAAGACGAACUUCUUGUCUUCGCGUACGAAUUGGCACAGAACCCUCCAGACAUGAAUGAAUUCAAUUUAUGGGGAUCGAGAGGACCCCCAGAUCUGGACCCUGAACCACCUCAGAAGAAGCUCAAGUUGAAACUCAACCUUAAGCCGAAAGAUAAAAAGGGUAAGAAACAAGCACCUGCUAAGCCAAAGACCCCAAAAAAGCCGAAGGUUGAACGCUAUUCAUCCUAUGAAGAAUACGAGAAAGAUCUUGAGAACGCAAGUGAACCGGAGAAUGACGAGUAUGGCAGCGAUUGGGGUCUCAAUGAUAGCGUGUUUGAUUUCGAAACGGGCGACUACGUUUUUGAUGAUGAGAAAGAACAGAAUGCCUUCGUAAGUGAAUUCCCCACUUCGGCCGAAUUGCAGGAAAAUUCAGCAUAUUAUAACGAACAAUUCGAAAUAAUAUUUCAGAAAGUCGCCCCCGCCUUGCUUGAUGGGGAAAUCUCGAACGAGAACACAAUCAACAAGGAGCUUCGAGCAGCAGGAAAGCUCGCCCAGGAGGCCCCAUUGGCUGUGUUUACGAAGUCUCCACUCUACAGGAGCUUGCUCGUGGCUGCUCACAAGCCAGAGGAGAAACUCCCUUCUAAAAGUGUGAAAAGCACAAUUGCAAACUUGCUUAAAAAUUUCUCUUUGGAGACUUGUACAUUAACUAUGGAAGACCUCGUUUUGCCAACGCCGCAGGAAACUCCGAACCAAACUCCUGGCUUGACCCCUGGUCCUGAAAACGGAAUCAAGCAGGAAAGUGAAGCAGCUGCAGAGGUUCAAGAGUCUGACUCGAAUGGCCAAGAACAACGCGAUGCUUCCGAAGCAGCCAAGACGUCUACAGAAUCAGUCGAUCUGGUUUCCGAUGUGGCACACCCAAAUGAAACCGCUGAAUCAACUGCAGUGGCAGAAUAG